AUGGAUGUGUUCACUGUCGGAAAACCACAAAGUAUCAUCCGGAUCUACAACGGGGCAGGCAACUGUGACCCACAGUAUCCCAACAGUGAUCUCUAUUACGGUGUGGCACUGGUACCAGACGGUGCUGACACUGGCUACAUCAAAUGUCGAUUAGGUGGUACCACAAUUGGAUACCAGAAUAUCACGUUCCUUGUUGAAACCCCGUAUGGAAAAAGCGUGACCGACAAGACUGUUUACCGGGUGGGGCGGAACGAUCAACCGUACAUGUUUCAAACCUAUACCGCUAUCACUUCAGUCAGUCCCACAGCAAGUGGCAAUUUGGGUGGAGGAAUAAUCACCAUUGAGGGGAAAUAUUUUCAACAGGCUAUUCCUCCAAAAGUGUUCUAUGGUACAGAGGAGUGUUCCGUUUUGGAUGUGGAUGAUACGCGAAUUCGGUGUCAACUACCUUUUAUGGUUGACAAGACCAGGGCCCGUGUAUAUGCAGGUGGUCGUGGAGCCACCUGGGAAGAAUGGUCCGGUUUGACCGCCUCGGACAGCACCAGUCUGGCAGCUCUUGACUUCUCCAAUGCGAUUUCCGGAGCAACCAAUCAAAAAAGUGCAACAGAAGAGGCACAAGUGAAUUUUCCACUGCGGUCAACAAAUGGAUCUACGGUUCUGCGAUUGCAUAACAUGUUCAUUCCACCCUGGAAUUCGGACUAUCAGUUUGAGGUGUCCAUAUCCGGGACAAUGGGAUUGCUUGGGGGAUUUCCGAAGAGAACUGUUGGAAGAAUGCCACUAUUCAGCCAGGUGACACCGUCAAUAACAUUGACCAAGGAUGAACCAUACGAACUGGAUUUCCGCAUGAUCACCAAUGCCAACUCUCCGAAUGCACAGCUGUGUGUAAGCAUCUACAAUACGACAAUCAGUAAUGGACAACUGCCCAUUUCCGGGGCAGCAUAUCAGCGCCUAUCCUUCACGGGAGUGAAUCGUCAAGAAAAACAGGAAAUAGAUAAUACCGGUCUCAUUGGUCAAUCGUUUGACGGUGUCGCAACGGUCCAGCGAGUUCAAAUCACCGAAGCAGUCCAGUAUUUCAAAUUGUGUCUCUUCAAAUCCUGCACUCCCAAAAUGUCAUUCCCAGAUGCGACCGAGAAACAAAUAGAAACUUUCCUAGACGAACAGCUACACACGACCGAGUUUUCCGUCCAAAUUGAACAGCGAACUGACAGCAAACUGAAGAUCUUGAUCACUUUUCCCGUGGUAUUUGUCAGAGAUGGUGCUGCUCCACUGAACGGCAAAAUCCUUCCAAGUUACAUGGGCUACCCAUCCCUGACGGAUUACGCGGUGGAAGGAAUGACCUUUGAUAUUCGAUCUGCCUACGUGCUGCUUCGACAAACCGUUUGCCCUGAUCGGCUUGUAUACCUAGACUCGAAAAAGUAUACGUUCGUUCAGGAUUUCGAGACCAGCGACAGUGGAUCACGCACCUCGGAAGUUCCAGCGUUUUGUGGAUUGUACAGUCGACGUUUGCCCUACUGGUACACUCUCCCAAGAGUGGUGGAUUUGACACGCUAUCCGUUUGUGAGUACUUUUCCUGGAUGGAGAUUCAAAUGCAUCAAUGUGUUGAGCGUGCUUCAGAGAGCGCUCGGUUCGCAAUAUUCCGUGUACCAACUCAUUGCGUUCUAUGUGGUCCCAACAAAAAAUUACUGGGAGCCGGAAAACAACUACUAUAUUGAUACAAUUUCUAUCGGGUCCGAGCCAAUCUAUGAUGACGAAACAGACGUUGCAACAUGGCCGCGUAUACCACCAAAGCUAUUCUCGGAUAUUACCGUGACAGCAACAAGUACAAGUGGAAAAUAUCAACUUCUAAUAACCUCCACCCGAUGCGGAUCUGAUUACAACCUGUUUGGCAUUACCGGAGUGCAGGAUCCAAAUGAUACACAGUCACUUAAUGUGGCCGUACCGCUUCGCGACCCACUCUGGCCCAGAGCUGCACAAAGUACCGUGACACGUUUGCAAAAGGCUUCGAUUCCGCCGAGCGGGACCAUUACUGUGUCGUUUAGGGGAAUCGCCAUUCCACGUAAUACCGCCAUAAUUGAACGGGCGUUGGAAACACAUCCGUCCAUCACAAAUGUCCGCGUGAGCUUUGGCGGUUCUUGCUGGGAUCAGAAAGUGAACAUAGAAUUCGUAUCCCUUGGUGGUGAUCAACCUCUAUUUGAGAUUCUCGACUCAUCCGAUGUGAAAGGAGACAAUGUGAACGUGGUUGUUGAAAAAGUGACCUCGGCCUAUUUAAGACUUUGUCCGAUCCCCGGGGACAUGCUGGCAACGGUGGAAACGGAUCCACAGAUUCGUGUCUAUGUCAACGAUAUUCCGACGGCCUGUGUGUCUUCUUGCACGCAUAAACUUGAUGCGUCAUUGGUUCCGACAUUUACUGGAUUCUCGAUUGCAGCCCUGGAUGCAGUCAAUCAAACACUGCGUAUAACGGGAGCCGGGUUUAACGACACUAAUCCCCAAUUGAAUUCACUUAUCUGGCUGGGACCGGACAAUCGAACAUUGGACAGAAUAACGCCUAUGACAGCCACAAGCGGCCAGAUGGAAUUCUAUCGUCUACCUUUAACACAGUUCCCGGCCGGAACACAAAGGGCCCAAUUGUUGGUCGACCCGGUCGGUUUCUCAGAUAUGUUCAGUAUUGAUUUGGGCAGUACCGGUGCUACAAUCUCCUCGAUAACACCCAAUAGUGGACCUCUUGGCGGAAAUAUUUCAGCGAUAAUUGUCGGUACUCGGUUCAAUCCAUCAGCGAUGGUUGUGCGUGUUGGAACAGGGGUUUGUUCAAUACUGUCCGCCACAGCCACUGCAAUACAGUGCAUUAUUCCCGAGGCAGAAUCUGGCGGAUCAGUUUCGGUUACCGUGGAACAGUUAGGCAUCACUAUAUCCGGUUCGGUGAAUUUCAACUAUAUCGAAGCAAACACCCCGGUGAUAAAUUCUGUCCAGCCAAAUACCACCAUUCCCGUUGCAGGUGGCCCUGAAAUCAGUUUGGAUGUGACCAGUUUUCCCGAAGGCUCAAAUAUUACGAUUGGUGCGGUACCGGUGAAUAACCUCACAGUGGUCAGCCCAACAUUCGUAACUUUCCAUGCUCCGGGUCAAUCCAAAUCUGGGGACUAUCCAAUCUGGAUAUGGUUGCCCACGGGGGGACGAUCAAAUUCCAAGGUGAAACUCACAUACGCAUUCGUCGUGUUCAAUGUGUCAGAAACAUCGGGAAGCUGGAUGGGCGGAAAAUUAUUGCGAAUCUCCGGGGACGGUUUCAGUCCAUCCACAAGAGUACUAUUACGUGCCACAAGAGAACCGAAUUACACGUGUAUUGGUCCACGUGCAGCGAAAUGUGAGCCUAUUUGGCAAUCGGCUCAACAGAUCGAAUGUCGCCUGAAGCCGAUGGCGCGUGCGCAUAAAAUUGUCAACAACGGUUCAACUCCCAGCUACGGACCAAACUAUCAAUGGAAUCCGGCCACUCUGGCAAUUAUUCAAGGUGAUACGGUCGAAUGGGAGUGGACUGCACCGUUAAAGAGCAAACCAUUUUCAGUCUAUCAAGUUAAAAGCUUGCAAGAACCGAUUGCAAUACCGGAUGGUUUUCAAGUAGUCGCCUCAAAUCAAGGUCGUUUCCAGAGAACGUUUAUGGUACCGGGAACCUAUUUCUACGCAUCCGCGACCGAUUACGUCAUGAUUGGUGCCAUUCGUGUACUACCGUUUGGUGAUUGUCUGGCUGAAGUAGUUGUGAGCGAAGGCGGACAGGAAGCAAAACACAACCUUGUUAAUGAUCCCAUUUUGACACCACCGGUCUUGCAAUGCCCAUUAUCGAUCGGCUGUACCGCUCUCACAAAUGCGUCCAUUUUGAGCAGUCGUCACACAUUCACCUUACGUCGUUGUCUCACACCCGUUGUACAGGCGUUUGGCCCACGCAGUGGUUCGGCGAACACGAUUAUCGAUAUCAAUGCCGAGAACCUAAGUGAAUGUCGUCAAAUGAUCGAAAUUCGUAUUGGGAAAGCGUUGUGUAAUCUAAUGCCGGCAAACGGAACCCAGUUACAGUGCCAAAUUGGAGACACGAACGCGGUGGAAGCCAAACUGCUGCCCGGUGCUCCACUUCGACUAGAUGUGAUCCAUGCGGAAAUGGGAUCUUCCAUUGUGCUCGGUGGAUCGAACGAACUGGAUCAGAUUUUCUUUUUUGUUCCUCAAAUCAGUCCACAAAAUGUGGUCCAACAUGGGAGUAUUUUGGGCGGGGGCACUCUGACCAUAGUGGGUUCAGGGUUUGACGCGCGACAGCUUGAUCGCGUCCGAGUUAGUAUUGGAACAGACGGGACUGCUUGUGUACCGACAACAGUAACAUCUGGACAGGUCACGUGCAUUAUCAAUCAGAUUAGAACGAGCUCUUUGUCAGUGUCCGGUGUGACAGCUGCCGUAAUCAACGUUCAGGUUUUAAAUAAUCAAACAAAUCAGUGGAUUCCAGCCAAUUGUCCAUCUGCUGCAAAUUGUGUUUACAUGUUUGAUCCGGAAAGAACACCGAUGAUUUCGCAAAUCGAUCCGCAAGUGAUUACCAGUUCUUCUGCCCAAAUUAGGCUAAGCGGUACACAGUUGCUUAGCACAACGGAAACAGUGGCCGCACUUUCCGUACUCAUUGGCACAACUCCUUGCACCUCUAUAGUUGAUACCGGUGACCGGCAAAAUUUCACCUGUUCCCUGGCAAAUGCCUUACCAUACGGAAAUCAAUCAAUACGUGUGAUAAAUCAAUUUCGAGGAGCAGCAAUAAUCCCUAAUGGAUUGGUGGUCACUAGUGAUAUACAGCUGGAUGCCGUGACUCCCACAUUAGGAAGUUUUGCCGGUGGGACGCCAAUUUGCCUGACUGGCAAUGGACUGGACGCGGCUGAUUUGACAGUCUAUCUUGGUGAGAGGCUUUGCACACCGGAUCCCACUAAGAACGUCACAUCAAAUCAACGAUGCUGUCAAACACCGGCACAAAAGAUUCCCACAGAUGGAACCAGUAGUACAAUGGUAAAUGUCAGAGCGACACUGGCCAGGGUGUCCCGUAGUUCACAGUUAGUCAGUGCUUUUAACUAUUCCAUGGUUUACACGCCCACAGUGCAAGCGAGCACAAUUCGUGUCUUGACGAAUGCGGAUGGGUCGAGAACCCAGGAGAUCACUGUAACCGGCACACAACUCGAAGUGGAUUCGAACAGACUGGGAAUUGUUACGUUGGGAAAUUUCACUCCGUGUCAGGUUGUCUCUCAUACGGCAACACAAAUUGUGUGCACAAACGAUGACUUGUCUGCGGACACCUAUUCGGUGAAUGUGUUCGUUCCCGGUUACGGUCAAGCAACGUCCACCGCCCAAGUGACCGUCACAUUGGGUUUGGCUUCAAUCAGUCCAUCCACAGAUAUCACUGUGGAUACAACUUGUGACGUUAUCGUAACUGUACCCACAUCAUCCGGUUGGAGUCAACCGGUGACAUUACAAAAUGCGUUCCGUUAUCUUCAGGCCUCUACGCCAAUCGUCACCAGUAUUCAACCUUCGAUUGGCGGAACAGCGGGAGGAACUGUGGUCACAAUCCAGGGGACCUCAUUGGACUCGUCGGAUGGCACAAUUGUGAAUAUCGGUGGGUCCUCAUGCACAAUUCAAUCGGCCAAUGCAACGGUAAUUGUCUGCCAAACUGGUCCACUUCUGCCAGCCGGAAAAGUGCCCGUGAAUGUGAUUGUUGGAAACAAAGGACGUGCCGCUGGAAAUUUCCUCUACUACUAUGUGGACCGAUGGUCUAGCCCGUACACUUGGGGCAAUAGUACACCUCCUGUGGAAGGGGAUUUUGUGGUCAUUGGCGAUUCGCAACAGAUCAUGUUGGAUCAAGACACCCCGGUACUGACCAUGGUGCUCAUAAACGGUGGUAUGCUAUUCUUCGACCGAACGAAAGACGUCGAGUUGAAAGCCAAAUACAUUAUUAUUCUCAAUAAUGGCAAAUUGCAAAUCGGCACCGAAACAGAACCACAUCCAUCUAAAGCAACGAUCACAUUGUUUGGUCACGUGCUUGAGAAAGAUCUGCCACUAUUUGGUGCCAAAGUUCUGGGAGUACGUAACGGUACAUUGGAACUGCACGGUUUACCUCGGGCAGUCACGUGGACACGUCUAGCCCAACCUGUUGAGGUCGGAUCGAAACAAAUUACGCUCACACAUCCGGUUGAUUGGCAACCGGGUGAGCAAAUUGUGAUCACAUCUACCGGGGGCCGAAAUGCACACGGCGAAAAUGAAGUUCACGAAAUUGCAACGGUCAGUUCGGAUUUGCGUGUGUUGACUCUGGUCGAGGGCAUGGCCUAUCGUAAAAUAUCCACCACAAUCAACUAUUCGAACGGUGUAUCCGGAUUUUUCACGGCUGAAGUUGGACUGUUGACACGUAAUGUGCUGAUUCGUGGUGACUCUAGCUUGACGGUACCAAACUCAGUACCGAAGUGUUCUUCGGAUUUCUCCACCGGACAAUUCGCUACACAGAACUGUUAUCAGGGUAAUCCGGCAGAUCAGAUGGGUAUCGAUCAAUAUGGCGGUCACAUACACGUUGGCGGUCCGACACCGAACAGCAACUCGGUGCGUGCACACAUCUCCUACGUGGAGUUGACGUAUAUGGGUCAGGCGUUCCGCUUAGGACGUUACCCGAUUCACUUCCAUCUGAACGGACAUAUGCAGGGAACUUACGUGAAAGGUUGUGCCAUCCACAACACGUUCAACCGAGCUGUGAAUAUUCACAAUACACAUGAGGUACUGAUUGAGAACAAUGUGGUCUACGAUGUGAUGGGAGGUGCCUUGUUCCUCGAGGACGGUCUGGAACAAAAUAAUACCAUCCAGUACAAUCUGUUCGUACAUGUGAAGAAAACAAGCAGCCUGUUGAACGAUGAUGUGGUGCCCGCCGCGUACUGGAUCACUCACCCGAACAAUAUUGUACGUCAUAACGUUGCCGCGGGUGGAACAAACUUUGGUUUCUGGUAUCGUAUGUUGGAGAAUCCCAGUGGACCGUCGACUACCACAACUAUUUGUCCACGAAUUGCCCCAAUGGGUGNAACAACACGGUGCACAGUCAAGGCUGGUUCGCUUUGUGGAUUCACGAAGACUAUUUCCCGACAACGGACGGAAAACAUCACCUGGGAGAAUACAACCAAUCGAGUCCAGUUUCGUUGGCCCUCAGAUCUGCUACUGAGAGACGAGGAUAGUUCAUUGGUGGCUGGCAUCAGUGGAUUGAGCCCCAUGGAUGGCGCUUUGAUCAUGCCCUACGCGAAUCACUUACCCAAAGAUAAAUGCGGACCUCAGGCCCCGGGAGCGGGUGACUUGGGCACCGCGUUCGGGCAAGGAGCGGUUCCUGGAGUGCGUUGUUUACCGGAAAUCACCGCCAUCCGGUAUUCCGUGGGUCAACUUUUACCGACCGUCGGAGUUGGAAGCAAUAUGACAAUUGCAAUAGCGGACGGAGGGGAUACGGAAGAUGUACCGUUCAAAAUGGAGGGUUUGACUGAGCCUAAAGGUUGGAUGACAACUCUGGUGAACAAUUAUACCCUUCAAGUUGGAUGGCGCGCUCUGUCCAUGUUCACGAAUUUGAGCUAUGUGGCACAUGUGGAAAACUUUCGUCCGGGCGAUUACGUAAUAGUCCGCCAUGUGGGUUUUGAAAGGCAACCGGAUCGCGUUCGUGUAUUGCAGAACAGUGUAGAAACUAUCCCGUCCACACAACCGUUGAACCCGGCAGUCAACGCGAAUGGCGAUGUUUAUUACAAUUCGACCGGGAAAUAUGUGGAAUAUUUACUCAAAUAUCCCGCAAUACCGUCUAGAUUUGUCAGCUAUCAAUUGCAGUUCAGUGCCUACGUGUGCCUCUAUCCGAACUGCACUGGCCCCGGGGCAAUUGCUGUUGUUGGAUCCGCAAGGCGCCCAGCGAAUGCGGUCUUCUGGUCGAGCAGUUCCACGUGGGGUGGUGUUCUUGGUUCACUGCCAACGAAUAGAAGUUCGUUGACCAUUCCGUCCUCAACUUGGCUGGUAUUGGACACAUCAAUUGCAAUCGAGUUUAGCACCAUUCAAAUCGACGGAACAUUGGAAAUCAUUUCCGGUACAGCAGACAGCCCGAAAAAUUAUGACAUCUCGUUUAAACAAAUGCUUAUACGUGGUGGAAGUUUGAUUGUCGGAAGCAGCGUGGACGCUCCGCUAACAAACGCCACUUUGCGGCUGACCUUACUGGGCUCCAUAAGUGACAGCGAUGCAUUCACGAAUAUGAAUGGGCCAACAAUAGGACCUAAAGCGAUCGCAAACUAUGGUCAAAUCAUCAUGUUCGCGGAUCGCAAAGCCUCCACCUGGACACGUCUGGCUCAGACCGCGGUAGCCGGCUCGAAACAACUGGUCUUGUCUUCCGCCGUGCAGAACUGGAAAUCCGGUGAUCGGAUUGUGAUCGCCACAACGAGCAAAGACUAUUUACAAACUGAGGUGCAACAGAUUCAGGAAAUCUCGGCAGACAUGCGAACAAUUGUACUGACCGAUGCGCUGCAAUACAACCACGUGGUUUACAAUGAACGGUAUGAAGACCAACAAUUCCAAACAGGGGCUGAAGUGGCCAUCCUCUCGUCGAAUAUUGUGAUUCAAGGAGACCAGAACAGUGAAGCUACCGGAUUCGGCGGUCGUCUGAUGUCAUCAGUGGCUUUUGUUGAUGAUGAAUUUCUUCAGGGACAAUUGAAACUGUCCGGCGUUUGUUUCCGGAACAUGGGACAGUCCACAUUCAUUUCGGAAAACGAUGCACGACUUCCAGUUGCCUUUAUAAAUUCGGGCAAUUUGUCGGCCGGAAGUUAUUUGAAUUCCGUCUGCUUUGAGAACUCAUUCACGACAGCAGUCGGAGCUUACGGGACAAGUGGUCUGCUUUUGGACAAUGUGGUCAUCUUCAAUACCAUGGGAUCGGGAAUUGUAUUGAAAGGAUCCGGUCACCGGGUCACGAACAGCGUGAUCAUUCAAACCGUUUGGUCUGGGAAUGCGGUCAGCGGAGCAAUCCUGCUAUCACCUGACGUUGUAUUCCAAGCCGGGGUUGAUAUUGUGGCUGCACCAGACACAGUCCUGAACAACGUGGCCGUGGCCGGCGCUCAACGAAUCGGGCUCGUCACGCAAGGUUUAUCUUGCACAGACAGUCCGGAUAAUUAUUGGCAAGAGGUGGUCGUGCACUCCUGUAUGUUGGGUGUCCUGGUGAAGGAUGUCACUGCUUCCUGUAAUCGGAUUGCCAAUAUCAAAAUUUACUCAGCCUCAGAAUUCUCUGUCCACUGGCAAGUGACCUCGUCGAUUAUCGGAAGCGAUUUACAACUUGUGGAUAAUCGUGGUGGUAUUUAUACAUGCGUGGGCUCACCCAAUGGUCGAACGGGAGUGAGGCACCAGAAGACUAUACGAUUGCAAAACUCAUUGUUUGUCGGACGCAGUGGAUUGCAAGCUUGUACCGACGCACCCCGAUCCGAAAUAGUCAGGUCCGGUUCCCUAUUGACCGGAAUCUAUUCACCAAAUGGUGGUCACGUGGGCAUAGUCAGUGGAUUCUUUGCCAGUGGUUUGUCGGAUCUGGUCAAAAUGGGUUUGACUGACUGGUCUAAUGACUUCUCACUGGGCGGUGGUUCGUUUAUCCAAAAUAGCUGUUUUGUCGUACGACCACCACAGAUGCACUUGAAUCCGCAGAUGGGCAUUGACGAGAUCAACGCAGGCAACUUAUUCUUGUUCUGA